UGUUGCUGCUCGGAUUCUCCAGGGGUGUUUCAUCUUCUCCAAAAAUACAGCUUGCCAGGCAGGAAUUGCAACAUCCCCCAGCCACAAAGCAUAUAUAAAAAGAGCACACGGUAGUUUGGAACUUUAGAGAAGCUUCUCAGCUCCUCCCUGAAAAGUAUAUUUAAGUUCCUGUUUGGGACCAGGCGACGAGGCUUUUAAGCCAGUGAGGGGGAAGAAGGUGAACUUCUUUUAAUCCUGUAGCUGAAUUAUUUCUUCCUUCCUCUCUGGAAUUCAAGCAAACAAGACCUCUACUUAAUUUGUGCAAGACUGAGCUUUGAAGCCGCACUUCAUUAUUUCAGAUUUAAAUCUUUUUUAAAAAAAAUUUUGCCUUGCAAGGUAAGGGGGGAUAAACAGGCUGUGAAGAUUGAAACAGGAUCCUGAAGCUGAAAUUUAAUUUCCUCCCCACCUUUCUGACAGCUGCGACGUUUUGCGAGCUGAGCAGACAGAUCUCUGCUGUUGGACGUCACUCAAGUGCCACUUUUGUGUCCAGGACUAGAAAGGACUACUUGAAAACUUUCAAGGGCAAUUAAGUACAGCUGUUGCGUUUUCUUUCUGUUUUAGAUUUUUCUUCCCCUUUGUGGGUUCCAACAAAAAGUGAAUCAUGGCUGAUAGCCAGAUGCCCUUUUCCUGCCACUAUCCCGGGCGGCACCGGAGUCUUCGAGACCCCUUCAGAGAAUCCAGCUUGUCUUCUCGACUUUUGGAUGAUGACUUUGGAAUGUCCCCCUUUUCAGGAGACCUAACUGCAGAUUGGCCAGACUGGGCUCGUCCACGGCUGACCACAGCAUGGCCAGGCCCGCUGAGAUCUGGAAUGGUUCGUACCACUGGCCUUUCUCCACCAGGAUACGGCUCCAGGUUUGGGGGCUACACAGAAGGGGCUCCUUUUGGGGGAAACCCUUCAUCCUUUUCUGGAGAGCCAUGGAAAGUGUGUGUCAAUGUGCAAAGCUUCAAACCUGAGGAACUGACGGUGAAAACCAAAGACGGUUAUGUGGAAGUGUCAGGUAAACAUGAAGAGCAGCAAGAAGAAGGAGGAAUAGUCUCCAAAAACUUCACUAAGAAAAUCCAGCUUCCUGGAGAGGUCGAUCCCACCACAGUGUUUGCUUCCUUAUCACCAGAAGGGCUGCUGAUCAUAGAAGCUCCUCAGAUACCUCCCUACUGCCAAUAUGGAGACAGUAGCUAUGGUAAUGAGAUACCUGUGGACAAUCAAGAAGCCACCUGUGCCUGAAGUUCUCCUUGCAUUUCCUCCCCUUCAACCUUUGCUCUUUCCUUCUUGUGUAAUUGCAUUCACCAAAAGCCGAUUUAAUUUUGAACAUUUUCUUGUAAGAUUCACUUUUACAAAUAUAUAUAUAUAUAUAUCCUGCUGCUUCCCAGAGUUCGAGUCAGAUCUAUAUGUUGCUGGGAGAAGGUGGGUGGUCAGGCACUCGGGAAACUACGUGUGUCAUGAUGCCUUCUGUUUCCGAUACUGUUGUGAAUGUGCAUAGUAGCAUCCCAGGCCUCAAAAAUCCAGGGGCAUCUAUAUCUUAAAGUUGGGGGCUUUUGUCUCAGUAGCCAUUGUUAUAACAUCUCAUAUUAGAUCCCGUAUUUUUAUGAUGCAGCUCCUGAGGCCCUCUGAUAGUGAACUUGAACCAGAGGAACACCAACCAGCAAGACCUGUAGCACUUCCAAACCCACUUUGAGGUUGAUUCUGAGGAGGAACCUCCCCGAAGACUUCCCCAAGGAGCACAGGCUGGCAACUGCUGAACCUCUGACUUGUGUUUCAGAUCUUUCAGGAAGGGAGCUGGAUCCAAACUAAAUCGACAGUUUCCACUGAUUCCCCUUCAUGUAGACCCGUGAGGUCCAUUAUCUUCCAGAAACAGCAUUUUGUGGAGAUCAGUGGGAGGCAGGAAACUUCCAUAUUACUGAUGGAAAAUUUAGUCUGCAUCCAACCCCAGGGAGUCUGAGAACCCAGCUUCAUGAACCCACCUAAGACUGUCUGGAUGUGCUAUAGGUCCCUCAGCUGGCGCAGGAACAGGCAGAAUAGCCUAUAGUGAACAGCUUACCUGCUAAGACCACAGUCCCUUUAAAUUCCAUACAUCUUAAUCUUAGGUGGUAGAGAUGUGACAGUCAUCAUUCUUGCUCAUGGUACAUAAAGGCUCCUCUGAAAUCCAGCCAUUGUGAAAGUUACUCUGCUGCUAUAGCAACCAAAACUGGUUAUGAAAUCCCUUGCUAUCAACCAUAGUACCUGUUACUCAUAAUUCAGAUAACCUUGUUUCUCUCGCUGAUGCCAAUCCAUCUGAUUGUGUGGAACAUGAUCCCGAUCUGUAUCUUCUUUCUCUUGUCUCUGCUGCCCUAUUUGGUCAUUUGAAGUUCCUGCCCCAUCUGGUAUUUGUCCCCUAAGAGAGUUCAGGGCCUGGAAUAUUUGCUAUUGUGCAUAUACAGAAUCUGAUAUAGCUCCUGCCUUGAAGGGAUCAGCUAAGGAGGUAAAGGAUCUUGCGAGCAGCACAUGUAACUCCUCCAUGUUCAAACGGUGCUGAAAUAGCCAGCAUGCAAUGAGUGUUUACCUUUAAUUGACCAUGACUCUUGGCCCCUUGGAUUAUAGGGCUGCAAGUGGCCCAUCAAAAAACCCACCGACCUACUACUGAUUUUGCACUGAAAUUGCUCCUGGAUUGCAAAUGUCCAUCCAAGUUUACAAAUGUUUCUGGAGCUUCGAUGUUGAACUACUGAAGAAGACUGAGAACUUCUUGGUCCUUGAGAUCCGGUGUCUUUGACCCCCUGACCAUCUGGCAUCUCUUCUUCACUGCUGCCACAAGGACCCUUCCAGCAUCAAGAUGAGCCGAUCCAGUCUUAUUGAAACUGAGAUUGCAACAGCAUCACGUCAGCUUCUCCUUCCUACACAAACAUGCUCUCCCACAUCAAUUAACCCCGCUUACGGCUCACAGUCCCAUCAAGGUCUUACAUGCUGCAGCUUUGUUUAUCAAAGUACAUAGCAACAAGUCAUCUUUGUCAUUCGUUGAAUGUCAGUGUAUGUGAAAUAUCUAUGGCAAUAGGAAUAAGUAGUUUCAAUGUUUAUUAUGCUCCAACCCAUUAUGUAACUUCCCCCAUGUGUUUUUUAAAGAGCUCCCACUUCCUAUAUAUGGGGCAGGAGUACUUGCUUUUACUGAAAAAAAAAGAGUAUGUUGAAGACUGACAAGCCAUCAACAGAUCAGAAAUAUUUUUUAAAAAAUGUAAAAUACAUGACUGUUUAGACUUUUUUCUUUUUUCCAAAUGAGAUGUGUGCAUUUAUUUGAUUAAUAAAUUCAAGUUGAAGUUC